AUGCAGUGUGCAAAUAAAGGUUGCAGAGAGGUACUGGCUAGGGAGGGGAUGGCAGCGCACAUUUCGCAUUGUGCAAAGCAGAAAGUUCCUUGCCAGGAAUGCGGAAGGAAGGUGCAUAGGGAAUGUUUUGAAGAGCAUGCUGCUUUUAUUUGUUUGAAUGUGAGAAUUUCAUGUCCACUAAGCUGUGGAACAAGCCUUCCACGGUAAGCUAACAACCAACAGUCAAAUGGUAAAUGGUUAUUUAAGGCCAACAACAAUAUUGAAAGGUGGAGUUACCAGCUUAUCUCUAUUCUCCACUUUAUUUCUUUUAAAGGCUCUACUUGACGCUGCAUCUGGGCAAGUGCUCAGGAAAAGCUCUCAAGUGCAUGGUGGCUGGAUGCACUGCCAUCGUAAAGCAAAAGGAUGUGCCUCGGCACACGAUAAAUGCAGCCUUGACCCACACUGUUCUCCAGGAAGGAGAGGUCCAGCGUCUGCGGGGCCUGAUGCAUUUCCAGGUGAGAUACUUGAAUUAAAAAAUAAAAUGAAAAAAAAUUGAAAUGAUUUGAAUAUGUACUGAUCGUUUGUUUUCAUUUCAGAAAACCAAGCCAAACUGGAUUCUUGAAGAGAGAAGUGUUUUGUCCUUCCGCUGGAGGGGAGGAAGAUGGAGCUAUAUCAGAGGGCCAAACCUGUUUAGCACCGAGUACAGUUGCCCGAAUGGAAACAAUGGAGGGCGCAUCUAA